AUGGCCGACAUCAUCCGUCUCAACUCGCAAGGCCAGACAGAAGUGAGAACGGGGUUAGGCUGGCGCAGGGUGCUCUCCCCGAACAGCGCGGAAGCGACGAUUGCCCACCUCCCGGUGGUCGAUAUCACCGACAUAACGCACGUGGACCAGGCCCGUCGAAGGAGCGUCGCAAAGGCAAUCUGCCACGCCGCUUCGAAUGUCGGGUUCUUCUACGUCCGCGGCCACGGCGUGCCCGACGAGGCGGUCGCUUCCAUCUUCGCGCAGAGUAGGCGAUUCUUCCACGAUCUGACGCUCGACGAGAAGAUGGAGUAUGACACGGAGAGGCAUACGCAUUAUUAUGGAUAUUACCCCAUCAAGUUGGACGAGGGAAUUCCUGCUGGAGCGAAGCUAAACGAAGGGAUCAACUACGGGUAUGAAGCUUGUUGUGACCCCGAGGUCGCAUCCGAGGCCGUGCCCGCCGAAAGUAGCAACGGUGACAACUGGUGGCCGUCCGAGGAACGUCUCCCCGGCUACGAGCGCCAAGUCAAGGGAUACAUGACACACAUGCUCAGGCUGAGCCGGUCCCUGCUGCGCAUGUUCGCGCUGGGUCUUGAUCUGGACGAGCAUGCGUUCGACCACCUCGCCACGAAGCCGUAUUCCAUCUUGAAAAUGGCGCACUAUCCCGGCAAGGGUAAGGGACAGCUCUCUGGCACGGACGCCCCGUCAACCAUCCGUCCGCACACGGACUAUGAGCUUUUGACGAUCCUGCUGCAGGACGAGAUCCCGUCUCUGGAAGUGUUGUCCAAUACCGGGCAUUGGAUACAGGCGGCGCCCAUACCGGGGACGUUUGUCGUCAAUAUUGGAGAUUCGCUGUCCAUGCUCACCAAUGGGCUGUUUGUGUCUACGAUGCAUAGGGUGAUCAAUGUGUCGGAGCGGGCUCGAUAUUCCGUGCCGUUUUUCCUGGGUGCCAAUCAGGACGCCGAGUUGAAGGCCCUAGCUAAGUUCGUGAGUGCUGAGAAUCCUGCAAAGUUCCAGCCCAUCAUGUCGGGAGAAUACAUUCGGCGGUCGUUGCAGGCUGUUUACUCCAAGCCGCAUGUGGAAAUCAUCAGGGACACGGUCGAAGUGCGUGGAUAA